AUGUGGCAGAGACACAAACGCCGCAUUCUACUCGCCAAUGCUAUCUUCGCCGGUCAAAUUCAACCUCUCCUCGGCGCGCGGGGCGCGAUGAUUUCAGUCGCCGGAUCGGACAAUGAACGCACGGUACGGCUGACGCCCGCGCCGCUCAAAAAAACCGAAAUCCCUGGAAAUGCGCGCCAGCGCGAACGAUCUGGCGCGCUGCUCUGGCGCGCGUCGCCUCGUGCCCACGCCCCGACUUGUUUGGCACGGAGGGGGGAGGCCAUCGCCACGAUAUUGGCGGGCUCUCGAGUCCCGCUGUGCAGCGAUACGGGGUACGAGCGCAGCUGUGCCGCGCAGUGCAGAGGCCACACUGCGUCGCGGGUCCUCACUUCGCGCGGCGCGCCACCUACGGAGCUAUCAAUUCCGACCCCGAGCGCGCCGACUCGAGUUCAUCUCAGCGGUCCGGCCGCCUGGCGCCCGUCUCCAGAGAUUUUGGAUGUCCCCGACCUCUCGCGGAAAGACGUCUGGAGCUGGGUCCUGCGUGACUGGCCUUCUUGUCAUCUUUUUUUGACUCGGUUCUCCUCAUUUCGUACACAUAUAAUCAGUCUCGCCAUGUCACUCGGAUCUUCGCACAACACUGAUAACUUCUGUAUCGUCUAUGCGACAUCGAGACUGUCAGUAUCGCGGUAG